AUGAAGAUCAAAUUGCCGCGCGAUCGUUUCCCGUCGACGUCAUCGACGGACGAGAACGAGAGCGGCACAGACUGGGACACCGACACAGUUCGCCACCCGCCCCCCCCCCAAGCGAUCAUUGUAGGUUCCGUGCGCAAGCGCCGCGGCAACCUUCCCAAGCAUUCCGUGAAGAUCCUGAAACGUUGGCUUUACGACCACCGCUAUAAUGCGUACCCAAGUGACGCGGAGAAACUGGCUUUGAGCCAGGAGGCGAACCUCACCGUUUUGCAAGUUUGCAACUGGUUCAUAAACGCACGCCGCCGUAUCCUUCCCGAAAUGAUACGUCGGGAGGGGCAUGAUCCCCUGCACUAUACCAUAUCAAGACGCGGCCGGAAGACCCCCGGGACCCAUGCCGGCAUUGUGGGGCCCAUGAUCGGCAUGGACGGCGCCUCUACAUCAGGAGUCACCCUUGGGCCAAAUGUGACUGUGGCCGCGUGGAAUGGCGUCGUAGUUCAGAACGAAGCCGAGAUCCGUCACGACUACGGCGACGGCCUCCUGGUGUACCGGAGUGACGGUGACGAGCUGGUGGAGGAAGGGUACUCCAGCGCGAUCAGCGAGGAGGAGGUGAAGUACGACCCGUCGGUCUGGCAGUCCGUCAUCAGAUACGGCCCGGAGGACAAUGAUCUCCAUCCGGCUUCUAGAACAGCCCAGGUGUCUGUGGUGAGCACGGAGGCUGAUCGCGGCCUGGCCGGCGCUGGGGCGUGGCGGGCGCCGGCGAGGCGUCGCAUGCAGGUGGUGCCGGAUGAGAGUGAGGGUGAACAAGACAAGUUCAAGUGCCUGUAUUUGCUCGUGGAGACGGCGGUGGCCGUUAGGCAAAGGGAGAAGGAACAAGAGAUGAUUCUGCCACUCUAA